AUUUUAAUGAGCAAUAAUUUAUUCAACGUUCUCAACUUUUCUGACACAGAAGAAGUGCCAGAAUAAUAAUAAUAAUAAAAAAAGUCUAAGAAAAAUAAUAAUAACAAGGAAUAGAUAAUUCCAGUUGAGUAAGUACAAAAAGAGAAUACAAAACAUGAAAAUCUCGCUCCUAAGUAAAAAGGUGUUCCUUCUGAGCCACAUCCAAAGGAUAGAUAGUCUGGUACUGGAAGAGGAAAAGAAUAAAGAAAAGAAGGUGGAGGCAGAAAUAAUUGGGGAAAUUAUAAAGAUGACCUCAAAGAAGAGAAAUAUGUUGCAAAGGAGAAAAAAACAUAGGAUACACCAUAAGAAGAAUCAAAUGAUUAGACAACAUAACCAGUUUAACCACCUGCCCCUGAAAAGACUCUUGCUGAUUAUUAUUAAUAAAGAGGAGCUGUAAUAUUGUUAAUAAUAUUUAGAAUGUUGAAGAUGUUCUUAAGUAGACUGAAACUAAACCUUAAGUAGUCAAAUAAAUUGAUGAAGAGGCAUUAAAAAAAGAAAAACUAUUUGUAAUGAAAACAAAGGAAGAUGAAAAAAAACAAUAAGAAUAAAAGAAUAAAAAAACAAGAUAAUAAUAAACUUAUAGAAGUGAAUUGAAUACAUAGGCUGCUGAAUAUUUAGGUUUUACAAAUUAAGUAUAAGAACCUGAAAGAAAGAAUUAAAGAAGAGGAGAAAGAAGAUAAUAAGAUAAAUAAGACACAGUUUAAGAAUAAUAAUAAUAAUAAUAAUAAUAAGAAAGUUAAACUUAAGAAUAAGAUGUUAAAGGAGAAAGAUAAGAAAGAGGUGAUAGAGGUGAUAGAUAAGAAAGACGUGAGAGAUAAGAUAAAGGGGAUAGAUAAGAUAGAGGACCUAGAUAAGAUAGAGGUCCUAGAGAAAAUAGAGGAUAUCAAGGUGAUAGAUAAGAUAGACAAUAAAAUGAUAGAUAAAAUAGAGAUAAUAACACAAGAGAUUAAAGAAGAGGUGAUAAAUAUAGAAAAGGAGAUGAUAGAUAAGAAAAGAAACCUUAAUAAAGAUAAUAAGUAAUAAUUAAUAUUUAAAUUAUUUUAGGAAUAAGGAAUUCAAUUAGAUGACAAAGAUUUCCCAUCUUUAUGAGUAUGAUCAAUA